GGAGAAUGGCUUUGGUGUUUUUUUUGUUUGAGAGGCAUGGCGAAUUACUCCGUAAUUACGAACGUCUUUUAACUUCGGCAGUUCAUAUUCCGCGCUUAAUCAGCAUUUAAGACUUAAGUGACAGUUCCUCUCUCUCUCUCUCUCCUCCCAAGUCCCAAACUGUACCCCACAGCGAGCUAAACAUGGCCGAAUGCAGACGGCAGUUAUCUCAGCAUUUCCUUUUGUACGUCGUUCGUCUCUUCUAAACAUAUAUCCCCUAAAAAUGAGUACGGCGUCGCCGGAUUUCUCCGGCCACAGCCGCCGGCCGGGGGUUUCCACGCUCUUAUUAGUGCUCGUGGCGGUGGUGAUCGUGUCCUGCUUCCUCCUCCACAGAGCUGUCGAAUUUGGAAUCUCGAGUAGCACGAACUUCUUCCCAAUUUUUGACAACGGAAAACCUCUCUAUUCGGACAGUAAGGCAUAUAGUCUUGAAAGAGUUUUGAAGGUUGCUUCUAUGCCAGAUAACACAGUGAUCUUAACAACCUUGAAUGAAGCAUGGGCAGCUCCAAAUUCGGUUAUUGAUCUAUUUCUUGAGAGUUUCCGAAUUGGAGAGCGAACCCGUUGGUUACUGAACCAUUUGGUGAUUGUUUCUUUGGAUCAAAAGGCAUUUUCCCGUUGUAUGGCUAUACACUCCCAUUGUUUUUCCCUUGUAACUGAAGGAGUUGACUUUUCACAUGAGGCUUAUUUCAUGACCACAGAGUACCUAAAGAUGAUGUGGAGAAGGAUAGAUUUCCUAAGAUCUGUUCUUGAAAUGGGAUAUAACUUUGUUUUCACAGAUGCAGAUGUUAUGUGGUUCAGAGAUCCAUUUCCUCACUUCCAUCCAGAUGCUGACUUUCAGAUAGCAUGUGAUCAUUUCUCCGGCAGAUCUGAUGAUCUAGAAAAUAAACCCAAUGGUGGGUUCAAGUUUGUAAGAUCAAACAAACGUUCUAUAGAAUUUUACAAGUUCUGGCAUGCCUCUCGCGGAUUAUACCCUGGACUACACGAUCAAGAUGUUCUUAACAAGAUUAAGAACGACUCCUUCAUCACGGAGAUGGGGCUUCACUUGAGAUUCUUGGAUACUGCAUACUUUGGUGGGUUCUGUGAACCCAGUGAAGAUCUGGAUGAAGUUUGUACAAUGCACGCAAACUGUUGUUUUGGGUUGAGCAGUAAGCUUCACGACCUCAGCAUUUUGCUUGAGGACUGGAAAAUGUAUGUGUCUUUUUCCCCACUGAGCUCUGAAUCAUCUGGUUGGAGAGUUCCACAGAAUUGUAGUCUUGAUUCGCUCCGCAUGUAUGUGCAACAACCCGACCCAACAUGGCCUGACUCAAUCUGAGUGCCAACUUGCUUUGACCUUCCCUCGUUUGUCAAUGGCCGGCUACUAACAUCUAACAGUUAGGUAUUGUAUCAAGUCUGAGGUAAGUACUGUAAAUCUCUUCUGCACAUCUGUAAAAGGAAAAAAAGAACAAAACUUGGUUGUGAAACUGGUUAAAAUGGUGUCUAUGUUUUCCUAGUGAGCAUGUCUAUAUUUCUGUAUCGUCGUUGUCACCUCCCUUCUUUGGGUUUGUGAGUACUGUAGUGAGGCCUGGGGCUAUUUCACAGCAGAGGGUUGGGAUCUAGAGGGCUUUACUCAUUCGUUCACACUUUUCAUAACUGCAGUUUUCGUAUUUCUAUUUCCCCAGAUCUCUAGAAUGCAGAGAAAAAUCGAAGUUGUAGGAAAAGUGUUGUAUAGUAUAACUCUGUAUUACUAUGGAAAAUAGCUGUUUCCAUACUGUUGUACAUCGAUGGCGUAGAUGGAACAACAAAAUAAUGUCGAUUCAAAUCAUUGUUUACUGAACAAAAUAUAACGGUGCAAACAAAAUAUAUCAAUUUCUUCAGUAGUAAUUUUGAAGUUUCCUCCCCUCAUUUUUCUAAA